UAUCGCUGAGCACGGGAAGCACCGCUCGGUCUCAUUUGUUCCGAGUCUCUUGAUGGCUCCGAAGUGAGAGACAGCCGCUGUUUACACAGAGGGGGAAGCGAAACUCAGUCUCUCAGCUUCCUCUCCAAAUCUACUCUCUCCACUGUCCGGCUCGCUCUCUCUUUCACGUCUCUCCCGCCCAACGAUGCUAACGAAACUACUGGCAGCUUUGUUGCUACUCUCAGUCUUCCAAGCGUGCUCGAGAAAAAUCGACGAUGGCGAGGACGAAGAUCGCACGGUCAACCAGACCUGGGUGCUGACUUCCAAGAUGCAAGAUAGAGACGCGACCAAGAUUUUAAACCACCUGCUGAAGGAGUAUGAUAAGAAACUUCGCCCCGACAUUGGAAUGAAACCAACUGUUAUCGAUGUUGAUAUUUAUGUAAACAGCAUUGGGCCUGUGUCAUCAAUUAACAUGGAGUACACCAUUGACAUCUUCUUUGCUCAGACCUGGAUUGACAGUCGCCUGCGGUUCAACAGUACAAUGAAAAUUAUCACUCUCAAUAGCAACAUGGUUGGAUUCAUAUGGAUACCAGACACUAUCUUCAGGAAUUCCAAAAAGGCAGAUGCUCACUGGAUCACCACGCCCAAUCAGCUGCUUAGGAUAUGGAAUGAUGGGAAAAUCUUGUAUACUUUGAGGCUGACAAUAAUCGCAGAGUGUCAACUGCAGCUCCAGAACUUUCCAAUGGAUGAACAUUCUUGUCCACUCAUCUUCUCCAGCUAUGGAUACCCAAAAGAGGAGAUGGUCUACAAGUGGAGGAAGAAUUCAGUGAAAACAGGCAAUGAGAAAUCCUGGCGACUCUAUCAGUUUGAUUUCUUGGGCUUGAGAAACACAACGAAAAUCAUUGAAACGACUGCAGGGGAAUACGUCGUGAUGACUCUAUACUUUGAUUUAAGUCGAAGAAUGGGAUACUUCACGAUUCAGACCUACAUUCCCUGCAUAUUGACUGUUGUUCUAUCAUGGGUUUCAUUCUGGAUUAAGAAAGAUGCAACUCCAGCCAGGACAGCACUUGGGAUUACAACAGUGCUAACCAUGACAACGCUCAGCAGCAUAGCAAGAAAAUCACUACCAAAGGUUUCCUAUGUCACUGCUAUGGAUUUAUUCGUCACGGUGUGCUUUUUAUUUGUCUUUGCGGCAUUGAUGGAAUAUGCUGCCCUCAAUUACUACACAUGCUGCAAGAAACCCACGUGUACAAGGAAGAAAAAGACCCUCCCAGAUGCAACCCUCAGCUGUAGAGUUAAGCAGAAUUCUCACUGUCGUGGGUAUCCGAAUCAAUAUGAGCAUGACUGGAAAGCAGAGCGUAGACGUGAAUGGUUCUUCACCCAGCAGAAAGGACCACAAGAGAAUUACUCUGUACUGAACCUGGGGCCAGCCUCUUCAGUUAUUACCAUAAAUAAUUCUAUGUACUGGCAGGACUUUGAGGAAGCCUGCGUAUAUGAAUGCCUGGAUGGUAAAGACUGCCAGAGUUUCUUCUGCUGUUACAAAGAAUGCAAAUCAGGCUCAUGGCGCAAAGGACGGAUUCACGUAGACAUUUUGAAAUUAGACACGUAUUCGCGUGUGUUUUUUCCUACGACAUUUUUGCUAUUUAAUCUUGUCUACUGGGUUGGAUACCUUUACCUUUAAGCUUCUGCCUGUAGCAGUAGUGAAGACUUCUCUUCGUCACGCUUGUCCUGUAACUUUGAUAUGUAUCUCUGGAUGUUGUCAGAAAAGUGAAACUACCUGGGAUGAAGUAACAGCAUUGGUUCUUUCAUUUCCAUUUCUUUAAUAUAUUAAAAAAAACUACAAAUUCAAAAUGGCAGAAGGAAGAAGGUGUGGAAAGUGUACAUAAGCUGACGAGGCAUCUCUCCAAGGUCAUCAGUUGAAAUAUUUUUUUGAAAAACUUGAAGAGAAGGGACCCAAUUUAUUUGACUUCACAAACUGUUUUCUUGGUUUUGCAACCAGCAGCAAUUUUAGAGUAACUAUUCACAGGUUUGUCGGAUAGUCAGAAAUGCCUGGAUUAUUACAUAGUUGCAUGAAGAAAAGUGAAGAGUUAGCUAAGAGCAAACUAGACUGAAGCAUAUUACUCUUACAGAGCUAAUUAGAAUCAAUUAAGGCAUUUCUGGCCAUAGAAACCCAAGAGUUUUUUUUAAUCUUUCCAAAUUAAAGGCGACUCAUGUGAACACAUUUGUAUUUGACAAGAUGGACUAAAUCCAGAGAUAUAGUCAGGUUCUUUGGAACGAAAGGAAAGUUUUCUUUGAAAAAAAACUAAGAGUGUUUGUGUAUGCUAUGUCUUUUCAUUAAUUGAAAUUUCAAAACAGCGUCGGGUGAACAAAGUGUUAGACUGUUUGGAAAAUUAUUCAGCACGUCAUAUUUUUACGUGGGGUUUCUUUGGUAGUAUGAUGUUAGAGGUGACUGAGAUAAACUAGCUGAAAAUAUUGAUGAAACAUUAGGUGGUGCAUUCUCCAUUCAUUCUUCCUUGAAAACGAUCACAAUUCUGUUUAGCCCUUUGAGGACUGAGUUAGCAGUUGUUUCACCAAAUUAAAUCAACAACAUCAAGGCUAAAUUUGAUAUUUUGGUUAAUUCCCAUUUACAAGCUUUUCCCUAGGGAUAUCUUACCAUGGCAGUAUUACCCAGGAGAGCAAAGAGGUCCUUCAACAUGAUGCAAGUGUAUCUUUUGAUGUGUCAAACGGGUGGCAGAAGUGGUACCUAUUGACCAUUCCAUAGACAUGAACAGGUAAAUUGAAAACAGGGAAGAAAAUGUCAAGUGUGCCUCCUUGUAUUGAGUCACUGCUAUGAACAUGACUGUCAUAAAUAUGGUCAUCAUAUUGGCCAUCAACAUUUGAGUGAGCCAUCAUCAUUUGGAAGAAAUAUACAGGAGAGCCUUACAUUGAUUCCACCAUAAACAAAGUUGUUGAAGAGGAUCUAAAAUCAGUGAUAUCAAAUAAAGUGAAACAGGUUGAAAACAUUGGAUGGGAAUUUGAUGUCAAUACCAGCAAGCAAACAUGAACUUUAUUUCUUACAUGUGAUGUACUGGUCAACCAUGUAACUUCAGAGGACUGUCUGGAUUUAGUGAACUGGCACGAUGAAAGGGUACUUACUGCUGACCUUACUGUACAGUGGAAGUUGGUUGUCAUAGGGAUGUUGAAGUCCAAAAAGCAAAUCCUCUCUACAGCUGGUUUGUAUUACAGGUGGACCACAUAAUAAAAAAAUGCUUAUUUUUAACCAGCAAAAUGAUGAUUUAAAUAAGGAUUUACCUCUUUUGGGAACCAGGACUUCUCGACCAUAUAAGCAAAUUUGCAGUUUGCUGAACCAUGUUAUAACAGACUUCCAUUGCACUUGGAUUGGAAAGUUCACUAGUCUGAUUUCUGGGAUAAAUGGGGUAUCCUCUGAGGAAAUGUAAGCAGAAUGUGUCUAAAGACUUUAGAAUUUAAAAGCUUGAGAGAGGAUCUUACUGAAACACAUUCUGAAGGGCCUUGAUGCAAGAUGGACACAGAGAAUGUGGUGAAAUUUAGAAUCAAGGGUCAAAGUUUAAAAAUAAGGAGUCUCCAAUUUAAAUUUGAGAUAGGGAGUUUUUUGUUCUCUGUUGGUAAGUCUGUGGAAUUUGCUCCUUCAACAAGCAGUGAAAUCUAGAUCAUCAAAUAUAUUAACAUGGAAAGUUCAUGGGGCUGUGAGGAGGAAGUGGAAGGCAGAAAAGUGGACUUGGAGUGGCAAUCAAAUCAGAUAUGAUUUUACUGAGUAGCAGAGUAGCCUUCUGCUGCUCCUAGUUCUUCUUCCUUUGUUCUUUUGAGAAAAGAAAACUGACCAGUAAGAUCCAGUGAUGUUUGUGGUGGGAGUUUACCAAGUCAAGAGGAUUUAUUGUCAUAAAGCAGUAGUGAUAACUGCAGAGGAUUGUCAAUCAUAUUGCAGUAUGGAAUAUAAAACAAGCAAACCAGGAUGUUAGAGUACUUAAUAUGCUUCAUUAUUAAUUUACAUUUUCAGGUAGUGUAGUUAAUGAUCCAUUUCAUAAAUAUGCAUAACAAAAGGGCAAUGUUCUUAAGACAUGCUGCUGGAAGUUUAGAGCACACUACUGCCAACUCAUCUGCCAAUUCUAUAUCCAUGCCGCUAAUCUCCCAGUGGACUUUAAUUUUACUUAUGGUUUAUUAAACAAUAUUUUGUAUGUGAAUUAAUAUGCAGUCAUUAAUCAUCUCUGUUAUUUCAUCAAAGAACUCAACUCGUCAUAAUUAAGCACAAUUUGCCUUUAACAAAUCUGCACUGGUUUCCACUUAUUCAAACAUUUUGUACUAGAUUACAGUCUUUAAAGGUUUCCCUGCCAACAACAGUAAAACAUUUGACCUGUUUUGUCUCCUCCCAAUUCAAGAACAGUUAUGCAAUGUUUGCAAAACUCCAGCAGCAGCUCCACAUCAAAGGCACAUUGAAAGAAUCUGGCCAGAAUUUCCUCAACCUUGACCCGGAGUUCUCGCAAUAACUUGAGCUGCAUCCCAGCCAGAUGUGAUGGUUUUUGUACUUGGAGAAUGGCUGACCUUUUGAGUUGCUCAUUACCAACUCUUAUCAGAUCCUAUUGUGACACCCCUCCAGGAGCUGCAAAUUUGCAUGGUUUCCAGGGUCGAUAUCUUACAACCUACAUUCUGAUCGCACCCCCAAUUUGCCGUGGAAAUUAGUACAAGUUGAAUUCCUCCCCCUACAAUUUUACCCUGAACUAUUUUAUCAUAUUGCCUGAUAACUUUCCUCAGUUCCAUCAAAUUCCCAGUACACCUUCGCAGGUAUGCUUCUGAAAUGAUUUACCUCAAGGUUGACCAAGCCUAUCCUGAAGUUCCUCAUACUACGUGCUCCUCAAAUGUGGGCUCACCCUCUGGUUUAAUACGAAUCACUAUAACUCUCAAAAUCCAACCUGCCUAACCGUCUACCUGAAUUGCAUGCCAGUGCUACCUCUGCUGUGCUUUGACAUAUUUAUAAUUCCAAAAUUGUUUACAGCCUUGGAAUGUUCACUCCCCCCGCCAAAUGAGACAUCUGUAACUUAAUCAAUUGCCAACCUUUUCCAAAACUUUGAGAAAUAGGACUUAGCUUCUGGAUUGGUUUUCAGGUUUGCUUCCUUAUAGCACACAAAUUUGCCUUAACUGCAAAGGUGGUUUAAACAGAGCAAUAGUCAGCCAUCUUGAGGAACUACCUAAUGGACAAUGGUGCCAAUUGCUUUGUUGUUAGGCAGUGAUAAACAUUGUUCUUCAUAAUAUCAUGUUUUUAUCCUUUUUAUUUAAAUAAAUACAUAAAAUUGCUUUAAUGUGAGCAGCACUAUAGAAUCUUUAAGUAUUUUCAAAAAUACCCCUUUAGUCUUUAGGUUACAUCCAAUGUUUUUAUUCACCCAUUGUUUCCUGAGGCUUGGUAUAUUUAACUUGCUACCAAUUCAAUCUCAAUCCUGGUUCUAAGGACAAAAGAAAUAGGAGCAUAAACAAGCUAUUUGGUCCUUAAGGACUGCACCACCAUUCAGUUGGAACAAGAUUGAUCUGAUCUUGGCAAUGACUCCACUUCCCUAACUGUUUCCUGUAACCCUGGACUCCCUUCAAAUAUUUAUCCAUGCCAGCCAUGGAUGUAUUCAAUAACUCAGCCUGCACAGCUCCUCAUCUUUGGUCUUAAAUUAUUCUGACUUGUGCCCCUUUGUCCCUUAAAAUUAUAUUGAAAAGCAGCAUUUUUUCCAAUUGAUAUUUCACAUUUGAUGCAUGGAGUUCCAAAGUUUCUCAAAUAGACUAACUUCAGUGUCAAUAAUGGCAUCAAAUUCAAUUAAAUAUUCACUCAUUUCCAAGGCUGAUUUCAACUCCGAAGAGCUGAACAUUAUAUCUAAUAUGGCAUCUGUCCUAGAUUUCUCUGACCACUUACUUAUCCCUGAUCUAUUCAAUUUAUCAAUUGAAUGUUGAAAUCCAAUCAUUAUCACAGUGUGAGUUUUCUCUAACUGCUGUUUCUUCUGAAAACAGCUGUCAAUGGAGAGAAAGCCCUGCUAGUAACAUUAUAGCAGGAAUGCUUAUCACACCCCAUCCCAAACCUCUCUUUUGCUUUAACAUAGAUAAUUAACUGAACUGAAAUAGGCUAAUGCUUCUGUUAGGUAAAAACAAGGACUGCAGAUGCUGGAAACCAGAGUCUAGAUUAGAGUGGUG